GUCUUUGGCUUUAGAGGUCCCCAAAAUAUGGGCGGCACCUCCCUGCUUCCAUUGGGCAGGCAGAGGCAAUGGGAGAAACUGGAGCAGCCAUUUCUGAAUCAUGAGUUCAAAGUUCCAUACUGAGGAAGACACACAAUCAUCUUUCUUUUCACCAUGCCUGGUCCACCUUCUUGGUUACUGUCAGAAAGUCACUCAAUCCACCACAGAUACCGACAGCAGCAGUGAGGUGGUCCCGCAACCAGGAACAGUGUUUGGGCCACGUGAAAUCUUUUUGGGGGUCCAACCUGGGAAGGAAAGCCCAUUCACAGGGUGUGUGUACGUGUGUGCCCGUCCAUCUCUGAAGUCUUGUUUCAGAGCCCAGCUUGAGGUUCUGGGCGCUAGAGGGCCAGGAGGCGGCAGUAGAAGCGGGCGGACCGGUGCGCUGGCCUUGGUGCUGAAGGUGGAGGCUGUGCCUCUGGAGCGACCUCGGUCAACCCCGGACCAUCUGCAGAGGAAAUUUCCCCAGCCUCUCUGGCCACCUGCCCUGGGUGAAUCUCUCCCGCUCCUCCCCUCCCCUCUCCAAGUGAGAAAUACCUGCCGAAGCGUUCUGCCCGGACGACGGCCUUUCUCUCUGGGAACAUUCUGCUUUUCUACCCCCUCCUUAAUUCAACACCAUAAACCCACAGAACUGAAAGACACUCAGAAGCAACAGUUUGGCAAAAGACAGGCAGAGUUUAACUGUGAACGUGGACUACACCCAUGCUGUUACACACGGCAAAGCUCGUUCACUGCACGGUACGAACACACCGCCGUCUCAGAAGUUUCCGGUCUGGCUGGCAGUGAAUACUCCAGGGCGUGA